AUGGGAACGCCACAAGAUUUAUCCAGCGGAAACCCUCUUGUUUUUGAAGACGGAAAUGAACCCAAGAUCAAAGAAGAAAUUCAAUACGCUGAUAUUAUUGAUGAUCAUUCGAAUCGUCCCCUGUGCUUAACAUUGGGAUUCCCAGAAAUAUUUGCACUUCAUUAUCCCGAUGAUGUCCUGGAAGAAGAAGAUGAUGAUGAUGGUUCGAAGAUUGUUCUUUAUGAUUCUGAUGAUCAGUGGGAUGAAGAAUAUGCUGAUGAAUAUGGGUAUGGCCCGAAGAUCCCAGCAGGAUAUCAGAGGAUUCCUGCUGUGCCACCAGGAUUUGAGAAUGCAUGUCUAAGACAUUAUAACCAUGAUCUCUGCUGCUAUGAUGAUGAGUACGACUCCGAUUGUCAACUUCAAAAAGCACUCUUUGAAUGA